UAUGUCUAGCCAAUCACAACCCAGGUCCAGGGUGACACCCUGAGACCUCCCUGAAACACUCCGUUCCUCCACCUCCUGCAGCUGCUCCCUUAAGCCUGGAACAGUCCGGAAACUCCUAGCCAACUGUGCAGGGACUUCACAGGACCCGCGGGACUCAACUUCCACCACCACAGAGAGAAGGGCUCAGGCCCCACAAGCAGCAACAGGCUGUGGAGCUCGGAAAGAAGGCAGGACGAGAGCUGCGUAGCUCUGCACGAGGCUCCUCUGUCAGCGGAACCGUCUGAGGCUGUCUUGGAGGCGCUCUCCAUCAGUGCCACCUUGCCACCUGCCCGACACUCCCCUGGGGCCGGCGCCAUGGAGAAGGUGCAGCACCUGACUCGCUCUGCCAUCAGGAGGGCCUCAACCAUCGAGAUGCCCCAGCAGGCACGCCAGAACCUCCAGAACCUCUUCAUCAACUUCUGCCUCAUCCUCAUCUGCCUGCUGCUCAUUUGCAUCAUCGUGAUGCUGCUCUGAGCCAGUGGAUGGGCUGGUGAGGGGCGCAAACGCGCCACGCUCCUAGAACUCUCCAGCCUUGGCUUUCUGACCAUCGCAAAGUAGUGUGUAACGCGCCUGCCACUGCAGCCAGUGACCUGCAGUCUCCUCUCCCAAGUCCUCUUUGAGGAUGGAGUGAGUAGGAGUUUAAUUCUGAAACAGCACAGCUACCAAGAUCACCUGCCACAAAGUUGGCUUCAUUCUUGGGCUAAAGUAGAAUUUAGAAUGCACUGUCGAGGUAUAGUUACUAGCAUUGGCAGCGGUGGUGAACCUAUGGCAGGCAUGCCCGGCAGGCCGUCUGUACCCUGAAAGCUUCGCCGUCACUGCACCUGAGGCGCAAGCCGUCAUGCACAGUGCUGAGUCCACACACUCGCACACACUAGCCAGGAACCCUUGUCCACACGUCGCUUCCAAACCAUGAGUUAUAUUCUUCCCUGUACCAAACAAACACUUUCAGUUUAUGAAAAUGAAAGAAAGGAACAUAUUCUUAUAUAAAUAAAUUCCACUAUUAUUUUUUUCAAACAGAAUUCUAGUACAUGUACAUGAAUAAUGGCUCUAUCUAUUCUAAGAUGUUGUCAUCAGCACGUAAGAACUGGUUACCAUAGCUAUCCCUACUAAUCACACAAGAAUCACAAUAGGGUCAAACCUUACUGUAAGACUGCAGCAUUACCUACCUUGUCAGACUAUACCAAGAAAUCUUUAGACUUCAGAAUGAUCGUAUAGGUUCUUUUCUACUCCAACCUCAGACCAAGGAGAAAGAAAGAAAACAAAAGAUUUCCAGUGACAGAAAAAUACAUUAUUUCAGGCAUUAAAGAAAUAAAAUUUAAAUCCUUUCCAAA